AUGUUUCGAUUUCAUGAAACAAGAAACGUCUCCGCGACGAUGCCAAAGUACCAGGCCAACGCAGUUCCGCGCGCGCAAGCGGCAAUCAAUCAGCUCAUCGGCGUGGACUUCCCGCCCGGCCCUCACUGCGUGCCGUGGUACGUAAUCAUCAGCCUGCAGAAGGGCGGUACGCUGCCGUUUGUGCUCGGCCUUAUGUGGUACUUUGACAACUACAGCGUCAGCGCGUGCUUUUACGCGGCCGCACACGGGAGCUACGGCCUGAUCUGGCUGCUCAAGCACUGCGUCGGCGCCGACCCAAAGUGCGAGCCGAGGUGA